AUGCUCACCUUGAUUGUGUGCGCUUUAUCGCUGCUCGCGAUACCCUCCACUCGUGCGCAGCAGGCCGGAAGUAAGACACCGGAAGUCCAUCCAAAGGUCACCGUGCAACAAUGUAGCAAGGGCGGAAGUUGUAAAGACCUUUCUCUUAGCAUCACACUUGAUGCUAACUGGAGAUGGCUUCGCAAGAUUCCAGGAGACGGAAUGAAGAAUUGUUACACUGGGCAGACUUGGGACACCGAAGUGUGUGCUGACGGGGCGAAAUGCGCUGAAAGUUGUGCUUUGGAAGGAGCCGAGUAUGUCCCAAACUAUGGGAUCAACACCAAAGGCUCCAGUGUCAGUUUGAAAUUCGUCACAAAAGGAAAAUACGCAACUAAUGUUGGAUCACGAGUCUACCUUAUGGCUGAUGAGUCGAAGUAUCAAAUGUUCAAGCUGAAGAAUCAAGAGUUUAGUUUCGAUGUCGAUGUUUCGAAAAUCGGCUGUGGACUUAAUGGAGCGUUGUACUUCAGUGAGAUGGCGGAGGAUGGUGGAAUGGCAAAGAACCCUGGGAACAAAGCGGGCGCCAAGUUUGGGACUGGUUAUUGUGAUGCGCAAUGUCCACACGAUAUCAAAUUUAUUGGUGGCAAAGCCAAUGUUGAUGGCUGGACGCCUUCAAAAACUGAUAAAAAUUCCGGAAAAGGCAAACUUGGAGCUUGCUGUAAUGAAAUGGACAUCUGGGAGGCGAACUCGAUCUCCCAAGCAUUUACACCUCAUCCGUGCUCAGCUCCAGGUCUGACUGUAUGUGAGGGAGCAAAAUGCGGAGAUGAUCCUGAUAAUCGUUAUGGAGGUAUCUGUGACAAGGAUGGAUGUGACUUUGCAAGUUAUCGAUUGGGAGCUAAAGACUUUUAUGGUCCUGGUAAAACAGUCGAUUCAAGCAAAAAGAUGACAGUUGUAACUCAAUUCAUCACCACUGAUAAAACUGCUAAGGGGGAUUUGAAGGAGAUACGUAGACUCUAUGUCCAAAAUGGAAAAGUCAUUUCAAACUCUAAAACCAGCAUCCCUAAACUCGAACCAGCUGUGGACUCCAUAACAGAAGGGUUUUGUAAAGCAGUUAAGGGGAUCUUUGGCGACAAAGAUGAUUUUAAUGCCAAAGGUGGACUCAAGGCAAUGGGAGAAUCAAUGGAUAGAGGGCAUGUCUUGGUUCUGAGCUUAUGGGAUGAUACCUCUCCAGCUGCGAUGAAGUGGCUCAGUGGUAAUUAUCCUCCCGGAAAGGGACUUGAAACACCUGGUGUUGCCAGAGGAACAUGUUCGGAUGAAAGUGGUGAUCCCAAAACCGUGGAGGCCAAAAGUGCCGAUGCGACUGUGGAGUUUUCCAACAUCAAGUUUGGGGACAUUGAUUCAACCUAUGCAGCAGCAGGGGGAGGUGAAAAGGUAGUCGAAAAGCAGACCGCAGGGGAAGAGAAAACAGUUCCACCUGAAGGGGAACAGAAAGCAUAA